CACGUGAAAAUGAAAUAAAAGGAAGUUGCGUCUGCGUGACUGACCACACCGAUGACACACUGGCGUCUUUUCACGUAAAUAGCCCCGCCCCCAAACGUCCUUGCAUCACGACAAGUGGACGCCUUCCGUGACGUCAUCUGCACGCGACUCACGAGCACCAUGAGCCGCUGGUGGCGGACCGCCGCGACCUUGUCGUUAGGAGCGGGACUCGGCGUCUCGGCGAGCCGCCUGUGGACGCCCGCGUCCAGCGAGGAGGACCACCAAGGAGACGGUCUUCUGGGCGGAGUCCCGGUGGUACCGGUGCCGCGUGUUCACGCCUCCGGAGUGACGGCCGGUCCGGGUUCUUCCGGCGCGCUGAUGAAGUACGGGUUCCCGUCCCUGAGCAACGUGAGGACCAGGGAGUCCUACGUCAGCUCGUACGACCCGCGGACCAGGACGCCGUCGUGGGUGAUCGAGAGGCUCAGCGGCGCCUCCGUGAGCGGGACGGCGGACAGGAAGUUGUGCGACUUCAAAGAGGACGACAGCGUGCACGUUUUCCACCGCGCCACCAACACAGACUACAGGGGGAGUGGCUUGGACCGAGGUCACAUGGCUGCAGCGGCCAAUCACAAAUGGAGCCAGAAGGCCAUGGAGGACACCUUCUACCUGAGCAACGUGGCUCCCCAGAACCCUCACCUGAACCACAACGCCUGGAACAACCUGGAGAAGUUGUGUCGCUCUCUGACCAGGUCUUACGCAAACGUGUACGUGUGCACGGGCCCGCUCUACCUCCCCAGGCAGGAAGCAGACGGCAAACUUUACGUGCGCUAUCAAGUUGUGGGUCGCAAUCACGUCGCUGUGCCAACACACUUCUUCAAGGUGCUGAUCCUGGAGCGGGGCCAAGGUGAGGGGGUGGAGCUUCGCUCCUAUGUUCUCCCAAACGAGCCCGUGGACGAGAAGCUGCCUCUGGAAGGAUUUCUGGUUCCCAUAGAAAGCAUCGAGAGGGCCUCGGGCCUCUUGUUCGUGCCCAACAUCAUGAAGAGGAGCGGCGUCACCGUGCACGCCAUCGCCGCCAAAUGAUGAGCGGCAGCCAGCUUCAAUCUUCAUACGUCCGACAGCAGUCAGACUUUAUUACAAUCGAUUUAUUACGAAUAUCCAUCACAGCACCCCCCCCCCCAGGUUAAAACAAUCAAUACGAAUAUCCAUCACAGCCCCCCCCCCCGGUUAAAACAACACACGGGAUCCAUCAGUGUGGAAAAGCUGUGGGACUCUAGCCAACCACAGUGAGAGACCACCAUGGUAGAAGUUAUAUUGUACAGGUAGACGUGUCAACAGGAAGUGGAGCAUCCUUCCCAUCUUGCUUCUGCUGUAGUGUCCUUUAGCAAAGCAGCACGUAUGCGUUUGAAUAAAGUUCUGUUUGAAAAGCAUCGAUGUCUUG